AUGUCGUCGAACGCCAACUCCUCGGACCAGCUCUCCCAGUUCAGCAAGGCGUUGUCGACGACAGCAACGGCCUUUUUGGGGUCUCAGUCGUGGGACGACACGAUUCUGUCGUACAGCACGCCUUACAAAAAAAUCCUCCACCAAGCAAUAACGCAGUCCGGGUCGAGCGGCGCAUUGAUGAAGCUUCGCAGAAGUAAUGUUUUCACUGAUCGCAGUGAUAAUAAGACUUUCCAAGACAUAUACUCAGCAGAGAGUGGGAAAUCAUUUUUUCAAAAUAGCUAUAGCAAUACCAAGACCAGCUUUCGGGUGCUGAGUUAUUUGAGUGACGAUUUGCUGAGAGAGAUACCGAACGCUGGUAAUGGAAUAGGCAGCAAUACGAAACUGUUGACCGAUGGCGAUGAACAAGGGAAACGAAAAAGGAAGACCAAACAAGAGUUUUCGCUAUUUCAAGGUUUUAGCGCAUCGCUGCCGGUGAUUAAUGAAACAAUAAAUACACAACGCAAGCAAUUAACGGAGGCCGGUGAACAGCCUGACAGCGAAAGCGCGCUUAACAGCCGGGAUUUUCAUCUUCCCGAUGGGUUGUCGGCGAAGGAGAUCAAAACAUCGUACUCGACCUCUUUUUUGACGUCAGCUUCUCAAAGUAUGGUCAAUGGUCUUGAUCUUUUGGAAAUUCAGAAAAACUUAGCGGCGAGUGAAAUCAAGGAAAUUGAUCUCAAGAUAGAAAAAUUGAAAACUGUGCGCGAAUUAGUCUUUCAAAGAGUAGCGCGGUUGGAGCAGAAUGAGCUCUUCCUUGAGAAGCACCUUGCAAGCACAAAAGAUCGUAUCGAUAUGAUCAAAGAAUACGGCUUAGAGGAAGAUCAAAGCGAUAAUUCCGUGGCCGGUGCGGGCACAUUAGGAAAAGGUUCUCACGCUGUUCUUUCUGAAGGUGACGAUGAGGGUAACGAGCCAGAGCUCAGAAAUGGGCACUCCGAAGACUCAACAGUUGAAUCUGACAGUGAGGACAAAAACGACGGCCUCAUGAGUCAAUCAAUAUAUCAAAAGUUGAAAAACCGGCCUACGCAAGCUUCAGAGGGCUCUCGAGGUGCGAGGUCGAACUACAGCAGAAGACAUUCACAAGUUCCCUCACAUCAGCGUCAAAGAAAAACGUUCCCCACACUUCAACAAUAUUACGAGCCUGGGACGAAAAUUGCAACUUUUGAAAGUGCACAUGACGACAGCAUAACCUGCUUAGAUUUUGACAUGCCCUUUGGGACAAUGUGUACAGCGGGAAGACUCGAUCACUCUGUCAAGGUCUGGGAUCUGAGUAAGCAACUUCCUAUUGGCAACCUGCCUGGCCACUUGGCCUCCAUCAGCUGUAUGCAGAUGGAUCAAUACAACACUCUGGUUACCGGCGGGCGUGACGCUGUGCUAAAACUCUGGGAUGUUGAACGAGCGAUCGAGAUCUUUGACGAAGAAGGAGAAUUACCAGAGGAAGAUGCCAAGGAUCUUUGCAGCUAUACGUUUGACGCUCAUGUUGACGAGAUCACAGCGUUACAUUUUGAAGGCGCAACUUUGAUAUCUGGAUCGCAGGACAGAACCGUUCGGCAGUGGGACUUAGAUCAAGGGAAAUGCAUACAGACUUUGGACAUUGACUUUGGACUUCGCGGCACGUCUGACGGGUUUUCCACUCUAAGCUCCAAAAACCCUCGAAGCAGCGUUCUUCUUACUCACAAUGACCCACCCAUAAUUGGCGCUUUGCAGUCUUUCGAUGCAGCCCUGGCCACAGGAACCAAAGAUGGUAUUGUCAGGUUAUGGGAUUUACGCUCAGGAAAAGUUGUCAGAACCCUCGAAGGACACACUGAUGCAGUCACCGAUCUGCAAUUUGAUUCGAUAAACCUUGUCACAGGGUCACUUGACAGAAGCGUCAGAAUUUGGGAUCUUCGCACUGGCAUGCUAUCUGGAGCUUUUGCUCUGGACAGCCCCAUAUCAUCUCUCCGCUUCGAUCUCUCCAAUAUCGUGGUUGCGAACAAUGAAAACUCCGUCAAGAUUUACGACAGAAAACAAGACAGGCAUUGGGAAUGCGGAGGACCACCUCAGAAACCCCAAGAGCCUGCCACCGAUGAAACAGUAGAAUUUGUCAGGUACAAAAGUGGAUACUUGUUGGAAGGACGGUCAAACGGUGACGUUAACGGUUGGGCAAUUUGA